AUAGUAGAGAAAUAUCUUCUUUGCUUUCUGUUGAAAUCGAGACCACUAUUCCAGCUCAUCACAACAGAAGGAGAAGAGUUAGAACUUCAUCACCACGAUACCAUCAGUUAACUAAUUUCAAAACAGUUAACUAACGUGUGAAGUAAAUAUGGCACUACCAACAUCUGUAUCGUGUGCUGUGUCAGCCAUAUUGUGUCUUAUCACAUUUGCUGGAAUGCAACUGUUCAAAUCUCAACUGGGAUCAUCUAAAUUUAUGACAAUAUUAGGCGGUUUUGUUGGUUCACAAGUCUUCCUGUUCUCACUGACUGCGUUGAACAACUUUGAAACGCUUAAUUUUGGAAAGAAUUUUCAAGCUAAACUCUUUCCAGAAGUGCUCAUCUGUUUACUACUGGCUAUGACAGCAUCUGGUAUGGUACAUCGAGUCUGUGUCACAACAUGUUUUAUCUUCUCCUGUAUCGCAUUGUACUACAUAAACAAAUUAGCAGCCAGCAAACACUCAGUUCCAACGCCAACCGCUUCGACCCGUUCAGGGAAAGGCAAAAAGAACAACUAAACUUUGUAUCGAAAUUUUUAGGAUUGAAUAAAAUUCUUAUAAAUA